CAAUCCAAUACCUUCUCGAUCUCUCUCUCUCUCUCGCGUAAUUGAUGGGAAAUGCAGUGUCUCCAUGUUUCCAAGGAAACCCUAGCUCCUCCGUGAAGCUAAUAUUCUGGGGAGGAACCACUAGAAUCCUCACCGGAUCAAAACAUAUUGCCGGAGAGAUCAUGUUCGAGUUCCCCGACAAAAUGGUUUGCCAUUCAGACUCAUUCUUUAUCGGCCACCCUGUCCCUGCCUUGGGCAUAGAAGACGGACUCUUGCGUGGCCAAACCUACUUUGUUCUUCCCAUCGAUCGCUUUGCAUGCGAUGUCAUCUCGGCCUCUUCUCUUGCAGCCUUCGGUUCAAGCCCUAAAAAUUCACCCAUCAAUUUCGGGGACUGCGCCCAGCCGUUCCAGUACACAAAGGGAGCCGAUGGAAGGGGUUUAAUCAAGGUCGUGCCGGAGUUCAUAACAAGGCUUAUAACAACAUCAGGAAAUAAUAGGGAAAUUAAUGGAUCUUGCUGUAGUACCCUUUGUAGCACGCCUGAGUUGCAGAAGCACUACGAACAGCUUGUUGUGUCAAAGGAACAACUUUGGUCACCUAAGCUUGAAACCAUAUCAGAGUACAAGGUUAGGUUCUCACCCUGCAGAUUUAUAGGGUUGGAGUUGAAACAGAAAGAGAAAGUAAUUAAGGGGUAAUUAACUUCUAUGAUAUGGUAGCUAGCUAGGUUUUUUUGUCCUCUUUUAGUGCUGGAAGAAUCAAUCAAUAUAUACAUAUGUAAUACAUGAUCAUGCAGCAUGCAUGAUAGAUCAUUUGUUUUAGAUCAGUUUUUUGUUGUAAAUUGUAUAAAUUAAUGAUGUCAUGCGCGCUAAUUGUUGAACUCUGGUCUCUUCAAUCAUACAGUACAAUUAGAUUUUCCUCUC